UCUGUGUGAUGCUGUCUUCUCAUAUUCAAGUACUGUAAAGAAACACAUGAGAACUCAUACAAAAGAGAAACCGUAUAAGUGCGAUCUGUGUGAUGCUGCAUUCUCAAGGACGAGUCAUGUGAAGAUACACCUGAGAACUCAUACAAGAGAGAAACCGUAUAAGUGCGAGCUGUGUGAUGCUACGUUCACACAAUCAGGUGCUGUGAAGAUACACAUGAGAACUCACACGGGAGAGAAACCGUAUAAGUGCGAUCUGUGUAAUGCUGCAUUCUCGCAGGUAGGGGCUGUGAAGACACAUAUGAAAACUCACACUGGAGAGAAACCAUAUAAGUGCGAUUUGUGUAAUGCUGCCUUCGCCUGUCUGAAUCAUGUGAAGACACACAUGAGAACUCACACGGGAGAGAAACCGUAUAGGUGCGAGCUGUGUGAAGCCACAUUCUCCAUUCUGGGUAAUAUGAAGAAACACAUGAGAAUGCACACGGGAGAAAAACCGUAUAAGUGCGAUCUGUGUGACGCUGCCUUCUCACAGUCGAAUCAUGUGAAGAUACACAUGAGAACGCACACGGGAGAGAAACCGUAUAAGUGCGAACUGUGUGAAUCCGCAUUCUCCACUCUGGGUAGUGUGAAGACACACAUGAGAACUCACACUCAAGAGAAACCGUAUAAGUGCGAUCUGUGUGAAGCCGCAUUCUCCAUUCUGAGUAAUGUGAAGACACACAUGAGAACGCACACAGGAGAGAAACCGUAU